ACCUGUGUAGUGGGUUGCCCAUUUCACGUGGGAUCAGCCAACCAACAAAUUCGAGGGUCCUUCCAUUGCACGCCGAAGCUCCGCCGGCUGUGAGACGCAGCCGCGGUGGUCGGCAUGCACGCCCGCUGAAAGCAAGCAUGACCUACUACUCGUCCAGCGCCCCCAAAUUAACGCCUCGGCCACUGAGGCCCAUAAUGGUGCCAGGUUCCUGUGCGCCACCGACAGGUACCGCGAGAGCGGUGUCCGUGGCCGCUUUCAACCUCAUUCCAACGCCAGGAGUCGGCUACACCACCACCCCCAUCUCCGGUAACGACGUGCUGGCUCUGACUGGAACCGACAUCGCGACCGUGCUGCACCAGUGCGGCCUGUUAAACCAAUCCGGAGGAGGAACUGUGCCCAUCACUUUCCUGAGCCUGAGGCCAGCGCCCGGUGACAAUGCUGUGCCUCCGAUUGCCAACUGUUGCGGACCGUCUGCACCAGGAUGCGACAUCGCUGCUCACGCACCUGCUGCUACAGGCUACGACAACGCAGGGUUUGCCGGGAACUCCACACAAUCCGGACGUGACGUCAUGGCCGCCCCAGCUCAGCGGUACGGCACCGCGGCGCCGUGGACUGCCGGUGGCCUGACGUCUCAGUACGGCGCCAGCGCCAAUUCCACGUGCGGUGGCUACGGCUACGCGUCCUGUCGCGACGACGGUGCUGUCGCGGUCGCGCCGCAGUACCGACGCGAUUCCUCCUCGCCCGCCGGUUACGCCGAGGCUUACGGCAGCUCCGGGCGCAGCUCGGACGGCUACAGCCGGUUUCCGAGAAGCCAGCGAGAGCUAAACGCCGCGCCCGACUACUCCAUGUACGGGCAGUUUGAUGGCCGGGUUAUUGUGAGGCCUGUCACAGGUGGUACGCCUUACACGCAGCCUUACGACGGUCCACCCGUACCCGUCGUCGACACCGGCGUGGAACAGCGGCCAGGAAGCGACGGCUCUCCCACGCAGUACAAUGUCAGCGUCAGAGGCGUGCCUCGGCGAACCAUGGGCGCACGCAGGCUGAGUCGUGGAGCGCCAGCGGCGCGCAGCCGUCGGUGCGUUUCACCUUCGCCUCCACCACGGGAGCGUAGUCCGUCUCCCGUGCCGGGCGACGAAACUGCGCCCGUGGCAGGACUCAGUCGUAGUCCGACGUCCCGGCGAAGCGUCGUCUCCGCUCGUAGCCGUGGAAGGGCCCCCCGUCGCGGCAGUGUUCAUGAACAGGCCAUGGCCAGAGAAGCCCUGGACGAAGCCCAGGGCAUACUGGCCACAGUGAGGGAGCAGAUGGACACCAGGGAAGACUUCCGGCAAAGGAUGGGGCCACGGGAAGUGGAGCGUUUCAAGGCGGCCGUCUUACAGUUGGAACGUGCCCUGGACACUCAGAAGAAGCAACCGUACAGGCGCGGCCGAAGUCCGUCACUGCGAGAGUAGGAAAGCGUUCCAUGAUGAGGGCGCCCUCUGCUCAAGAGCACGUGAAGUCAGCUGGAACCGGCACCUCACGGAUUCCCAUUACCAGACUGGUGAUCUCAGAAAUGACUGGUAGCCGACGUAAA